AUGGACGCGCCUGGCGCGACACCGCCGGACGAAAGUGCCGUUCAGAGCACCCCCAAGCACGACACAUCCAUACGAACCAGUUCACCAACAGACACGACUGAAGGCGCCCAAGAUAAGCACCAACGAUACAAUGACCACAGCUCUAGUAACAGUGAUGACGAGGAAGAAGAAGAAGAGGCCGAGGAAGAAGAUGAAUCGGACGACGAGGAUGAGGAGCCCCGCCUCAAGUACGCAUACCUUACGAAGCACCUAGGAUCAGUAUAUCGCAACGGGGAUGCGACAAGCUCGUUCCUCGUAGCAGGAGAUAAAAUGAUCGUCGGGACACACAACGGGAACGUCCAUGUUAUGUCCUUGCCGCUUCUACAAUCCCUCCGUGUAUAUCAUGCACACUCAGCAAGUGUAACCUCAAUAUCGAUAUCGCCAUUUCCACCUCCCCUCCCGAAUCUUAGGCAAGACACCUUCAGCAAGCAGACCACAGAGGAAUACAGACCAUCCACGCGAUCAUCUAAUACUACCGGCAGUAUCCGUGGCCAAGGGAAACUGAGUAACCACCCAGCUGUCCCUCCCAUACCAUCGAAUUCGAUUUACAUUGGAACCUCCUCAAUUGAUGGCCACGUGUGUAUCUCGUCGCUGGUAGACCCCAAGGACGUGCAAUUGCGCAAUUUUGGUCGACCAGUCCAGUCUAUCGCUUUGUCUCCAGAGUACAAAACUGAUCGGACAUUCCUGUCUGGUGGCCGAGCGGGCGAAUUGGUUCUGACGACUGGCGGCCGUAUUGGAGCGACCUCCAACUCGACAACAAUGGGGGGUGCGGCCGCCACAGCGUCAAGUUGGCUUGGAUCCAUGGGCCUGGCAUCCACUAGUGGAAAAGAUACAAUUAUCCACAGCGGGGAAGGCACUAUAAGCACAAUCAAAUGGUCACUUUCAGGAAAAUAUGUAGCCUGGGUCAACGAGGAAGGCAUCAAGAUCAUGCGGUCAAAUCUGCAUCUGGAUUCCUCGGAGACAGAAUUUGCGUGGAAACGAAUCAGUCAUAUUGAUCGUCCAAAUCGUCCCGGCUGGGAUGAAAUGGCAGGUGUUUGGAAAGCACGCGCAGAGUGGAUUGACCAAUCUGCUUUAGACAGUCGGGACAAUCUCGAUCCAAGUGACAACCCAGCAAGUCCAGAACUUCAGUUGACCGUGUCGACUGAGAAAGUGGAAAAGCUUGUCGUCGGAUGGGGAGGAACUGUUUGGGUCAUUGAUGUCUACCCCGAAAGGGCAAGCAAAACAUCGAAGGGCGAGAAAUUGGGCUCUGCAGAGGUUGUUACAAUAUUACGAACAGACUGCGUGGUAUCUGGUAUCUCAUUGUAUACGCCUCGUCUUCUUGUCAUUCUUGCAUAUAUGGAAACCGAAGGUGAAACUGCAAGUAACGGAAGAAGCAGUGGGACCCGGAAUCGGAAAAAGGGCCUGGAACCGGAACUUCGUGUCAUUGACAUUGAAACCAAGGAAGAAGUCAGCGCUGAUACACUUUCAGUAAACCGACCCCGGAGGGACAAGUCGUUCAGCGUGGUGCCCUGGGGGGCUCUUGGGUAUGGGCUCUUGGAUGCUACUAUGUACCCUGCGCGGCUAUUCAGCUCCGGGGCCAGCAUCCGAAGUACCACAAGCAGUGGUGAUAAGGGGUCUGGUAGGGUUGCUCCCUCCUUUAUAUCCAAACUCCAUGCGGCCGAAGAUGCCCUUCCGAAGGAGGUUCAGGAAGUUGCAGGUGCCCCUGGCGCCAAAAUCUUUGUCCACAGCCCAUACGACUGCGUUGUUGCAGUAAAAAGGGAUCUGGCAGACCGUUUGUCCUGGCUUGACUCUCAUGGCCAGUACGAGGAUGCAUGGCGUCUCGUCGAUGAACAUCCCGAAGCUGCGGGCUCGAUACCUGACCUAGCCGAAGUUGUUUCCGUGGCUGCAGGAAGGUCUCAAACCAGUUUAGGUGAAUUUUUUGCCGACGAUCGAUCAUCUAUCACAACGGCUGGUCGAACAAAAGUUUCUGCUGCUGAACAGGAAAAGGCUCGCCUUGGGGAACUUUGGAUCAACCAACUUGUCAGCGAAGAGAAGUGGACUGAGGCUGCAAGCAUUUGUGGCAAGGUCAUCCGCGACGCCCCACGAUGGGAACACUGGGCAUGGACCUUUAUCAAAAAUGAUAAAAUUGACGAGAUCACUUCGCAAAUCCCGGUCGACUUAAAUCCAUCGUUGUCUUCUCGGAUUUACGAAGCCAUUCUUACUCACUAUGUGUCACGAGACUUAGUCAAGUUCAAAGAACUCAUCGAAAUAUGGCCAUCCGAUUUGUUUGAUGCGAAUGUGGUCACAGAAGCCAUCGAAGCACAGGCGAAAUCCGAAUCAGUGCGCGCCGGGUCUGAGGAGUGGCGAAUCCUCACAGAUUGCCUCGCUAAGUUGUUCCUAGUAGGAGGACAUCAUCGCGAAGCCUUGCGUUGCUAUAUCCGAUUGCAAGAUGGAGAUGCUGCUAUGGCUUUGGUCCGGGAGCACCGCUUGCUUGACGCAGUCACUGAUGAUAUACCGGCCUUCAUUAUGAUUCGGGUUUCCAAAGAGCAGAUGAAGUCAGCCACGAAAUCCGAACUGGAGGAGUUGACUUCGGAGCCCACGCGGCUCCUUGUUAGUGAAGCAUACACGGGAAUUGUUCUCCCAGAUACCGUGGUAUCUCAGUUGAUAGCCGCAAACCGGUUCCUGUUCCUCUAUUUCUAUCUCCGAGCGCUCUGGCGAGGCGAGUCACUACCGCACGACGCCUCUAAGCCCAGAAGGGGACGUGGAACCCAUGCUCGGGAUGCAGCCAGCAAGCUUGCUGCCGAUGAAGGCAAAGCCCUGAUUGAUAACUUCGCCGAUACGGCCGUUGAAGUAUUUGCUGACUACGACCGGCCUCUGCUGAUGGAGUUCCUCCAAACAAGCAUAUCAUAUUCAUUCGAGAAAGCCACAUCCAUCUGCGAAGACCACAAAUUCACACCAGAGUUGAUUUUCCUCUUGUCGAAGAUGGGCCAGACAAAGCGAGCCUUGAAUCUGAUUCUAUCUGAUCUCAAGGAUGUUUCACAGGCCAUUUCAUUUGCGAAAUCACAGGAGGAUCCUGAUCUAUGGGAAGAUCUGCUUGAUUACUCCAUGGACAAACCGAAGUUCAUCCACGGUCUUCUAGUCGAGGCCGGAACGGCCAUCGACCCGAUAAAGCUUGUGCGUCGGAUCCCGAGCGGGCUCGAGAUUGAAGGUCUACGAGAGGGUCUCACUCGCUUGAUCCGUGAGCAUGAUCUGCAAGCUAGUAUCAGCCAAGGUGCGGCCAGGGUUAUGCAAAGCGAGGUUGCACUUGGAAUGGACUCGCUGCGUAAAGGUCAGCGCCGGGGAAUCAAGUUCGAUGUCAUUGAUGAUAGACAGGAAGAUUUCAAUAAGACACCGACCGCAAAGACCCAAGCUCAAGAUCAAAUAUCUGUGAGCAGUGGCGCGAAGAAAUUCGGAGGCCCUGGACAAGGAAGAUGCGGCGGUUGCAAAGCCGCCUUCCGGGAAAACGAGCGAGAAAUCCUUGUUGGCUUUGCUUGUGGCCAUAUUUUCCAUCUCUCCCACUUGCACGCAGAUACAUCACAGCCACAAUCCAGCACGAAUAGCCGUGACCGAUCUGCAGAUCUUACACCCCGAGCAAUGUCUCCGGUUGACGAGACCCGAUCUGCUACCGCAUCUCGCACCGUUGGUCCUAAAGUCACGACGGCAAGAAUCCUGCGGGACAAGAUUGGUGAUGGAUGUCGGAUCUGUGCUCUGACGAGAGAUAUUGAAUCCCUUGGUGAGGUUGAGGUUUGA